AUGGACCCAGCUGAGAAAGAUGCCAUCCACAAUGAACGGUUUGUCAGAAUUAUCUGCAUUGGUGCUGGGGCGUCAGGCAUUUGCUUAGCUUACAAGCUGAAUCGAUCGUUCACUAAGUUUUCGUUGACGGUAUACGAAAAGAAUCCCGGGAUCGGGGGAACCUGGUAUGAGAACCGUUACCCAGGCUGUGCAUGCGAUGUCCCUUCCCAUAAUUACACUUUUUCCUUCGACCCCAAGCCCGACUUCUCAUCCGUCUAUGCUGGCUCAAAUGAGAUCAGGUCCUACUUUGAGGACUUUGUCUCUAAACAUGGCUUAAGCCAUCUUAUUCACAUGUCGCAUCUUGUCACCAGAGCGACGUGGGAUGAGGAAAAGGGCGAGUGGACAGUAGAGGCCAAAAACUUGGCGACAGGCCAGACGGUGGAGAGCGUCUGCGACAUUCUUGUCCAUGCCACCGGUUAUUUGAACAAGCCAGCCUGGCCGCAUGUAAGCGGUCUAGAAAAUUUCAAGGGUAUCAAAGCACAUAGCGCCGACUAUGACGAAACCAUUGACCUCAAGGGCCGGGAUGUGUUGAUCAUUGGCGGCGGAUCCUCCGCGGUACAGAUUCUUCCUGCAAUCCAGCCUAUCGUCCGAAGCGCGAAGAUCAUCAUUCGUACACCGUCCUGGAUGUUGCCGGACAUCAGUACUGAGACAUCCACGUUCACAUCUCACCAAAUUGAAGAGUUUGUCAACAAGCCCGAAUUGUUGAUGGCGCUCCGUCAAGAGAAUGAACGGACGAUGAAUAGUAUUUUCACGGUCUACAUGAAAAACAGCGUAUUGCAGAACCAAGCCAAAGCCCUUCUCAAGUCGGCUACGAAGGACAUUUUGAGGGAGUAUGACAGUGUAGACGCACUUAUUCCUGAGUUCUCUGUUGGAUGCAAACGGGUGAUACCGUCAGGAUUCCGAUUCUUACGAACUUUAAAAGAAGCGAAUGUCAAUGUCAUCCACUCAUCUGCUUCUUCUUUCAACAGUUCCGGAUGCAUCACAGAGGAUGGGCAAUAUCAUGAAGCGGAUGUCAUUAUAUGUGCAACUGGUUUCGAUACAUCCUAUGUACCACGAUACCCUGUGAUAGCAUCGGGGCUAAACUUGCAGAGUGAAUGGAGCCGGUCAAUCAUGGGUUAUAUGGGAGUGGGCAUUUCGGGAUUUCCCAACACUUUCACGCUGCUAGGCCCUUACACUCCUUACUCAAAUGGGCCCACUCUUAUCGCAGCUGAGGCUCAGGCGGACUACAUAUGCUCCUUUAUCGAUCGCUACCAGACGGAGCCCAUUCAUAGCAUGACUAUCCGGCCCAGUGUUUGCAAGGAGUUCACAGAGCAGGUAGCCACAGUCAUGGAAAAGCUUGUAUGGACAGACAAUUGCCGGAACACGCACAACAAUAGCCGCGUGGGCAGUCGCGUGCCGACGACCUGGCCAGGAUCGACUUUGCAUUACCUUGAAGCCAUCCGAGAGCCUCGAUGGAACGACUGGGACUUUCAAUAUCGGGGCAAUCGCUUCGCAUGGAUGGGCAAUGGGGUCUCCCAGGCGGAAUGGGAUCCCACAACAGACCUAGCCUACUAUAUUCGACAGCAUGAUGACAGCCCUCACCUUGGCCGAAAGGCGAGAAACCUGGCCAUCGCAAAGUCGGGUACUAGGCCAGCCCGAGAACUCCACCGGCAGGCGAAAUUAGGUCCUGUUAAGGCGGAGACAAUGGCCUAUGGGGAAGUCGGCAUUGAAGCCAACGAGAUGCUGAUAGAUCAGGAUUGA